GGUGUAGAAAUCGGAAUCGAAAUUUCUAUUUAAUGGAAUCAAUUUCCAAUCCCACAGCCCGCAGUGCGUUAAAACGAAUCGAUUAUUCCCCACUGGCACACGACGCCCGAAUCCAAAUAUCGAUUCGAUUUCCCAAGCGGUUCAGCUCGGCGGCGGGUGCGUGGAGACGUGAAACGUCCCGAGGUCUUUAACGUGUGGGGGUCACGUGGAGGGUGUGGUGCGAGUUGCGUGUUGCGGGUCGUGGGUUCAGGGCCGCAGCAAUGAAGCCCCCAAACCGGCAGCGUUCGGCCCCUUCGCGAUUCACCGUCGACAACGGGGCGCGAGGGAGCAAUGGCGGCGGCGGCGGCGUCGCCCGGCCCCGAGCGUGGCUCCGCCGGGAGAAGCGCGACGUCCUCCGGGCUCUACGCGAGCACCGCGGCAGGGCCCCCGCGAGCCCCGGGAGCCUCGCAGCGGCCAUCGGCUGCGCCCUGCCCGGCCGCACCCACGCCCAGCUGGAGGCUUUCCUGCUGAAGCGCGGACCGGGGUCGCGGUGGUGGCAGUGGUGUGGAGGGGAGGGGAAUGACGACGACGACGAGGUGGAUGAGGAGAGAAGAUCGCCACUGGAUCGGUGGAUCGAGGUGGCUGAGCGGGCCUCGGGCACCGUGGUGGACACCACUUCGACCGCGUUCAUGCAGGUUUUCACGAUCGGCGAUCUUGAAACUCACCAACCGGGGUCUCCCUCCCUCAACCCUCGCUCCCCCGGGGUCUCCCCGACCCCCGCUACGGCCGAGCCGCUGCUGCACCCCCCGACAGCCGCCCACCGCAGUGGGGGACUCGACCGCUCCCCGCGGGGAGCGCAGCAAGAGGAGCAGGAGGGGGGUGAGGCCCUGAGCCUGGGCUGUGUCUACAAGUACCUGGCAUCGGCCUUCAAGGCGGGACCACCGCCCCCCAUCAACGCCAAAGAGAGUGCGCUGGUGCUUCAGCUGCUGGACGACCUGGAGGAGGAGGUGCGGUGCCUGAGCUCCACGCCGCUCCGCCGGUUCCUCCGGCGCGCUCAGCACCACCUCACGGGGCCUGCGGAGUCGGACGUGGAGAUACGGGGAGGAGAUGCGGAGGCACACGGAGAUGCGGAGGCACACGGAGAUGCGCAGGCACACGGAGAUGCGGAGGCACACGGAGAUGCGGAGGCACACGGAGAUGCGGAGGCACACGGAGAUGCGGAGGCACACGGAGAUGCGGAGGCACACGGAGAUGCGGAGGCACAUGGAGAUGCGGCGAUAGGGGGAGACGCUGGUAUGAGAGACACAGAGACACGGGACACCAUGAGGAUCACGGACAAGAAAACCUCUCUUGGCAGUGGUGUGGCCGAUGGGGGUGGCGUGCCCAGUAUGGGUGGUGUGGCCGCUAGGGGUGGUGUGACGGCGCUUGUUGAUACGCGGCUCUCGUCGCCGCCCGCGUUGCCCCUCAACCCGUUCUGUGUUCCUGCUCGGCUUCUCGUGCUGACCUCCAAUCCACCGCCACGACCUCCAAUCCACCGCCGCGACCUCCAAUCCACCACCGUGAACCUCCAAUCCACCGCCGUGAACCUCCAAUCCACCACCGUGAACCUCCAAUCCACCACCCAUUGAGAUGCGAAAUCGUUGCUGGCCAGAGUUAUGCCACACGAGGACAGAAGCGAGUUCCAAACCCGAACUGUGCGGUUGAGGGAGGGGGGGAGGAUGAGGGAGGGAAUGAGGAGUAGGAUGGAGGUGGAGUAGGGAGGGUGAUUGUUUUGCGUCUCUGAGUGAGGGCUGUCCAGCGUGGACAAGAGCAGGAGUCUGAAAUCGCCUGGGCAAUCAUCACGGCGACUUUAUUUCGCUCACAAACGUUCACGCGAGCGAACUGUGCAUGGCACUUUGUAUAUUUUUCAAUAAAAGCCUUUCUCUUUGGUUGUU